AUGUCGAAUUACUACAAGCGCAUCCCCACAGGUCCAAAUGGCGCCCAUCGGUACCAACAGCAUCCCCCGCGUGUUCCAGAGCCGCGCCCGCGGGAGGAGAAUCCUGCACCAUACUCGAGCAGGGUCGCUGGGUACCGUUGGAGGACUGAGCCUGCACCUAUGCCCAUACGGGCUCCGCCAGCGGGUCCAAGAACAGAUAAUAGGUACGGUGUACGACCUGCAGCAGCGUACGAUAGUGGUCCCCGCUAUGGCAGUGAGAUGCGGUACCGUGGGUACGAGAGAGAGGACCCGCGUGCGUAUCACCAGAGUGCGAGGUAUUCGAGUGCGACGCGUCGUCCGUACCAGAGCACGAUUGUGCCGAGAUCAGAUUCAGUUAGCAGUAGCGCACACGAUGCAGCAGCAGCGAGGCGAGAGGCCUUUGCUGCUGUGAAUCUGAGGUACGAUAAGGAGUACUUCCGAGAGCAUUACCACUACUUCGACCCGCGGAUCGGCAGAUUGAUCCACGCGGCGGAAAUGGGGAACUGGAACGAUGGAAAUAAGUUCCCCCAGAACGGGUUUGUCACUGUUGUCGAGAAAGGUUCAGAUCCUGCACACCCGCUGUAUAAGAUGAGGGAUAGGACACUGAACAAGAAGAGCACUGACCCUCGUGUGACCGCUGAGGAGCCGAGCAGCCAGUCUAGGCGGAAGGCUAGAGAUAAACUGACACUUCUCGGACGCAUUUCUUAUGACAAGUACUCGAUAGGGCCGCCGCCGCCCUGCGAGAUUGUCGUAUAUCCCAACGGAUCUGCAACGGGCAACGUUAUCAAUGUUCAGGACGUCAUGGUCAAGAACUACUUCAAAAAGUUCGGGGAGAUUUCACACUUUGAAUCGUUCAGCGAUCCGAAUAAUGCACUGCCCCUGCAUGUGUUUUUGAUCAAGUAUACCAGCCCGAACGGGAAGGUUAACGACGCGGCGAAGGCUGCGUACAUGGCAAUGAAAAGACACGAAAACAAAACUUGCAUAUUGAUGGGUACAUCUUUCGUCGUCGUUCUCAAUAAGGAUGACAGAUUGGCUAGUAUCAAGAAACAAAUCAUGGAAGAAAAUCCGCCUCCACCGCUACCGGCACCAGCCAAAACCAUGGCGCCAGUUAUGAGCGGACAAACGGAUCCCAAUGGCAUCGGGGAGACUGCAAACGAAUUCUCGAGGUACAAACAAAUCAGGAGAUUGCCCCCAGACUUGGUCAAAACGGUCGGGGACAAACCAGCACUAUAUGUGUCUAAAAUAUUCGCAUCCGGUCACGGCAUAACACUACAAGACUUCAGAUAUAAAUUGAAGAAUUAUAGGUAUUCAAGAUUUAUAGAUCACGCGUCGGGCAUUUAUAUCAUAUUCAAUGAUAUGAAAGAGGCGGUGAAGUGUGUGCGGAGAGAGUCCAAAAAGAUGACUAUAAAAUCUAGGACCAGGCGAAGAGCACCUGUAAUCAUCAAACUUACUUUGAUCCUGCCGUCGUCUGCGGAGACGUCGAGGUUUUCAGGAUUUGACAAAGAUGUCAAGGCCAACGGUGUCCGUGGUGUGGCUAGUGCUAUCCCGCAGCCUAAAAAGGAUAUAUCAUACAACACCACGGAAGAGCUCGUUCAGGCGGCGGUUGGCUAUAUCUUGAGGGACUUGGAAACAGCACUAAACACAGACAUUAGGAGAAGAAUCAUUGGCCCCGCAGUGUUUGAUACUUUAAAUCCAAUUAACUUCCCAGAGCUAAUGGUUAAGCGUGAACAAGAGAAACAAAGAGAAAUUGAAGCGCAACAGAAAAUGGCAUCUGAUCAUGAUGGUGGGAAGCUAAAUGGAAACCUUCUAACGGAUUCGGUAAAUGAAACUAAAACUAUUACUAAGGAAGAUCUGGAUAUAUUUAACUUGUACGGUGGCUACUUGAAGCCAAGAGGGGGGAAGAAGAGAAGACGCAGUUCAGGGCCUCACAGCUCAGAAAAACGUUUGAAGUUGGAGCUGAAACCUAUUGCACAUCUGCUUAACGAAGAUUCGCUAUCAAGGGAAACAACGCCGUUUACUGAUCUUACCUCACCUUCAGUUCAUGGCUCUGAAAAGGCAGAAGAGUACUCAUCAUCUAAUGAGGAAGAAGCAUUGGACGAGGCGUUUGAUGAUGAUUUUAUGAAGGAAGACAAUAUUGAAUACGUCGAAAGGAGGAAAACAGAAACGGAAGCAACUACUCCUGAAGGUGCUGAAAGCAAAUACGAUGCGUUAGAUGAAACAGAAAAACAGAUUGAACAAGAAGCGUUAUCAGCUAUAUAUAAUCCAACUGCUACAUUGUAUCCAGAACCAGUGUAUCCAGAUGAUCUGUUUGGUAGGGACAAUAUCACCUUUACUCUCUUCCAGGAUUCUAUAAAGGAUGAUGAAGACCUGUCCAUAUUAAAGACAGUUUUGAACGGGGGCGACGAUGCAGCUUCAGUAACCAAAAAUGAUCCAUUAGUGCAGUACAAAACCUGGAAAAUAAAGGAUGAUGAGCUCAACGCAGAGGAAACAGAACAACUGCAAAUGAAGUUAAACGAUGGAAUUCCAUUUGAUCCUACUUUGAAGUGGACGGAUGGCUCCUUUAAAGCGCAUGGUUUCAUGGAGAUUCCAGACAAACUAAAAGUAUGUUAUCUACCGCAUCGUCGUAGGAUCCAUCAACCACUAAAUACAGUUGACCAUCAUAACGAGGAAGCCUCGAAUGAAAUGGAUAACGCCGGUAAUGGAACUGCUCAAAGGGAUGAGUCAGUAAAAGCUGAUUCGGUCGAGCCAGCUUCAGUAACUGGCCAAGAAAUUCUAUCUUCAAGAGAUAACCGGGCCCAAAAUAGAAGAUUCCAACAGGAUAUAGAGGCACAAAAGGCAGCAAUUGGAACUGAAUCAGACCUUCUUUCGUUGAACCAAUUGAACAAACGUAAAAAGCCAGUAACUUUUGCCCGGUCUGCAAUCCACAAUUGGGGGCUUUACGCGUUGGAACCGAUUGCAGCUAAAGAGAUGAUCAUUGAAUACGUGGGGGAAAGAAUCCGGCAGCCUGUAGCCGAGAUGAGAGAGAUGAGGUAUUUGAAGAGUGGUAUCGGCUCCAGUUAUUUGUUCCGUGUGGACGAAAACAACGUUAUUGACGCGACGAAGAGGGGUGGUAUUGCGAGGUUCAUCAAUCAUUGUUGCGACCCCAGUUGUACAGCCAAAAUUAUCAAAGUUGGUGGUAAGCGACGGAUUGUCAUUUAUGCCUUGCGUGAUAUUGGCAAGAAUGAGGAAUUGACUUACGACUACAAGUUUGAAAGAGAACAGGAUGAUGAAGAGAGAUUGCCUUGUCAUUGUGGUGCCCCAACCUGUAAGGGUUUUUAA